ACCUUUAUGGUAAUCUUCUAGUAUCUAUCAAUGAUUUGAAACACAUGCAUCAGCUUUCCUAUUAUAUUGAAAAUUUAAAACUCGUUUCAAGAACAAAAAUGAAAAUUGAGGCCUCCUUCCACUGUUUUCAUUGAAUAUGCAGAGAUAAGUUCAAGUGUCCUAAGUUGGGAAGAUAGACUCCGAAUAGCAAUGGAUGCAGCACAAGGACUAGCGUUCCUACAUGAUGGUUGUAAGCCACCAAUAAUCCAUGGAAAUGUGAAACCAGCAAACAUCUUGUUGACUGAAAAUUUCCAAGCUAAACUUUCUGACUUCGGUGUCUUCAAGAGCUACCCAACAAAUGAUAACGCCAGUUACGUUGACCCAGAGUACAAAACAUCAAACCGGUUGAGUCCGAAAAGUGAUGUGUAUAGCUUCGGCCUUACACUGUUAGAGAUAGUGUGUUGCAAACCAGUGAUAUCUGAAUCCGAAGGACAGGAUUCAAUUCAUAUAAUUAAAUGGGUUGGCCAUAUGGUUGCUCAAGGUGAUUUUAGAAACAUAGCAGACAAAAGAUUAAAAGGAGAGUAUAACAUAACCUCUGUCCGUAAAGCGGUGGAAGUAGCAAUGGCUUGUGUAUCAGUAAAUUCAGUGAGAAGGCCAACAAUGAAUAAAGUGGUGGCAGAACUGAAAAGUUGUUUGGCAAUAGAACUGAGUCGAACACCGGAGAAUCAAGCUCCUCACUCAAUAGAAUCUACGGAAAUGACAUCAAUCUACAUGGUUUUGCCUCCUCAAACAGGUCCCAUGGCAAGGUGAAAUUCGUCAGAAUAUCAGAACGUAUCAUUUAAGUGUGUUGUUAAAAUUUCCAAACGUACAAAUUUCGACUUCAUGCAAAAAUAAAUAAAUAAAAGUCAUGCUUUAAUUG